AUGAAAUCGAUCGGCGGCGACGAUGAGCUCCGAAGGAACCCAAUUUCUCAGCGAAGAAGAAUCUCGUUGAGUACGAUACUUCUUCUGUUAAUCUCCUUGAGCUCGAGGGUUUCCGGUUCGAUAGAUGAAUCUGGAAGAAGAGUGAUUGAAGCGAGAAGUGGGCAAGACUUGAUUUGGGUGGUUCAGCUAUCCGAUCUCCAUUUCAGUGUUCAUCAUCCCGAAAGAGCUAUUGAUUUCAAAAACCUAGUGGGUCCUGCUCUGUCUUUGAUCAACCCGUCCCUCGUCUUAAUCACCGGUGAUCUCACAGAUGGGAAAAGUGAAGACAUGCUAACGAUGAAGCAAGAUGAAGACGAGUGGUUAGAAUACGAGAGUGUGAUGCAAGAUGUUGUGAAGAGAAGUCGGUUGAAUAAGACCAUAUUCUAUGAUCUUAGGGGUAACCACGACAACUUUGGUGUCCCGUCUGUUGGUUCAUCCGUUGAUUUCUUCUCAAAGUAUAGCAUCAAUGGACAGAUGGGAAGGAAAGAAACUGUUAACACCGUCACUCUUGAGGUUGGUUACACUCUCCAAACUUUUUCUAUUGCUUACCUCUUGUUUCAUUUGGUUGAGAUCAUUGAUUUGCAUACCAGUGAACGUAAACAUCUGUUUGUCGGUGUUGACACCACGAUGCAUAUUGGAUUACGCGGCCCAACGAAUCUCUUUGGGCACCCAACUGAUGAACUUUUGAGCGCGCUCGACUCGCAUCUAUCGCAAUGGGAUGACCAGUCAACAAAACCUGUGACAAAGAUAUCAUUUGGGCAUUUUCCGCUGUCCUUCUCAGCGCCGUCACAUUCUCAAAAGAGCCUUAAAGAUGUUUUCUUGAAGCACUCCAUCUCUGCUUAUUUGUGUGGCCAUCUACACUCAAGGUUUGGCAAGAAUCUCAAAAGACUCCAUCAGUCUGCUGGUAUCAGUUUAUCAGAUAAUGACUUGUUUCAGCUGAAUAUGAGGCAGACUGGUGCUGAAAGUACUACGAACUGCUCGUUUGGAGCCUUGCCGGCUGCAGAAUUCUGGGAAUGGGAGAUGGGUGACUGGAGAAAAAACAGGGCAAUGCGGAUUUUGGCCGUUGAUAGGGGUCAUGUUUCGUAUGUUGAUCUUGACUUCAAGUCAAAAUCCCAGAAGACUAUCAUAUUGCCGACCUUUCCAUUGGAUUCACGUUUCAUGUCAACAUCCUUUGCACGUCACAGAUACGAAUGCCAACAUAUGAUCUCGUCAUCCUAUGACGCAAUCAGAGCCAUUGUGUUUUCUCAUUCACUGGUUGUUGAAGUUGUAGCUAGGGUUUAUGACUCAACGCCUGGAUUUGACAACCUGGUCAUGGAAGCUCCAAUGAGAAAACAUGGAGACGAUUCUUCCACUUCCGGGGCAUCAUUUUUUUCACUUCCAUGGAAUUACAGGGCCUUUGAAGAUCCCUUACCAGAUAGAUUCUGGCUGCAGAUAGAAGUGACUGACAUCAAAGGCAGAUCAACUUUAUCAGAAAUGCGGCCAUUUUCCAUCAAUGGUCUAAGCUCUAAAGUCUCGUGGACAUGGAAUGAGUUUCGAGUCAUGGGCUUCCAGUGGGCGGCAUUGUAUUAUCCGAUUCUUUGGUCUGCUCUGUGUUGUUUGUUUCUCGUUUUUCUCAUCCCCAAAUGCAUAAUCGUCGUUUUCAAGAAGCAAUACACCCUCAAAAAGUUCAUCGCCAAGAAAGGACCAAUCACGCUUGUACUGUGGAUUCUCCAAGACCUCUGCAGAAUUCCUGUGGUUUGGUUUGGUUACAUGGCAUAUUUCUUUUAUCUCAUAUUCUUCCCUUGGUUUUCCGGUGAGGUGUUUACUGGUUCCGGAAACAGAACAUACAUGACUAUUAUGGGAUGGGUGGUCACAAGGUCAGGCGCGGAUAAGAAACAUGAAUACAUCGGACAACCUGAUGUGAUGGUUCUGGUGAUCCCACAUCUGGUCUUGGUUGUUAUCCCCAGUGUUUUGGUCGUGUGUGGUCUGGUUGCCGAGAGAGAAAUGUACAAAGAUCACGUCCGAACCGUCUCGGGUAAGAAAGAGGAUGACCAUGACAGGGGAAGGAAGAAGAGAUCACAACGCCGCUCGCUGUUAUUCUCUAGCAGAAGACUGAUUCGGAAAUCGCUCUUGCUGGCUUCAUUGGCUCUAUACUGGAAGCAUUUCAAGAAUUGCUGGAGUCUAGCUAGAGCUUAUGAGAUGAACAUGGUGCUUCAUUUUCCAGGUUACAGUUUUGUAGUUCCUUUGUUGCUACUUUAUGUAAUCUGCAAAACCCAUAAAGUUCCAUGA